AUGUUACCAUUUAUUUCACUGUAUCAUGGAACCGUUACCGUCAAGGGGUGUUCUAUUAUCGGCAUUAGCAAUCAACUGUAUUCCUUUGACAACCCAUUUCUUACGGACAUUAAAAUGGGAUCAAGAACUUUCCUUGAAGACGAGGUUUCAAAUGGUGAACCGAGUAAAGAUCUGUACAAGAAGAUGAUUAAAUUGGAUCCUAACUCGUUAUCAUCAGAGGAAAAGUCAAAAGGGACAAUAACCAAGUUAAAAUAUAUGCAACUAAGGGAGCAAUUAAGUUUCACAUCAACUCUCGGAUUCCGUAUUGAAGGAUUCAAGACAGAAUCAAGACAAGCUACUAACAAAGAAUUAUUCUCAGUGAGAACUCGUGAUGAGGUGAAAACCGUUUUCCAAGAAUUUCUUCCUACUCGGCGGGACCAGUUAGAUGCUCUUAUUGGUCGUCUUCAAUCUAUGCAAAGGGAAUUACAAAAAUCAGUCUUUUUCUCGACCCAUGAGAUGAUCGGUAGCUCUUUACUUAUUGUCUAUGAUAAAUCUAAUGUUGGUGUUUGGAUGAUGGAUUUUGCUAAAACACGGCCUUUACCGAAAGGUGUCACCAUUGAUCAUGUUUCGCCUUGGAUAGUUGGAAAUCAUGAAGAUGGUUAUCUAACUGGAUUGCAAAAUUUGAUCGAUAUUUUGAAAGAAAACCAAGAGAAAGUAAAUGACCCACAAAGAUCGCAUUCAAUUUGACCUUUCAAUUACACUGCGUUGCAAAGCAUUAAGACCAACCGUUAAUUUUGAUAAAGUCAACUAUUCUCUUCAAUCCUUUGAAGAAAAUAAAUUUAUUGUUAUAAAACCAUAAGAAAUUAUCAUAAUAAUAAUAAUUAAUUUGUAAAAAGUCGAAAAAAUCAGAAAAAAGAAAUUGAUAUACAGAGCAUUUCA